AUGCUCAAACUCACCUGGCCCUGCCUCCCCACCUCAUUCCCCGAGAUCUUUGACAAUGUCCUGGGGCAUUUGGACCACAGCGAUCUCCUUGCGCUUCGUCUCACGAACCUCGCCUUCGACCAGGGCGUGAACAAGUACAUGUUCCGCCACAUCGUGCUCAUCUUCUUUUCCCAGUCCUCCUGGAACGACAAGCUUCACGACCUGGGCGAGAGUUCAGAGGACGCUGACCCCGAGCAGCGCCUCGAGGAGGCCCUCCUCAGGGAGAUCCUCGAUCACAGCAUCGACUGCGCGCUCCCUCCCAGUCCCGAUUACGAAGAUUACGGCGCUCCUGACAUCCUCCUUCACACACCUGCGGGCAAGCGCCUGCCUGCGUGCCGUGAGUGGCUGAACGAAUACCGCUUCCUCGGACAGAUGCUCCCAGAAAACGACUUAGCUCGCCUCAAGAUCCUGCUCCGCUACACGCGCCAGUGCGACAUCUUUGGCACGUCGUCGGGCUGCUUCGAGAUCGAGGACGUGUUUGCUCACGGGGCGUCACUGCCUCUCGUCCGCUGCGUCAAUGCCCAGACGACCCAUAUUCCAGCAGAUUUGGGGAUUUACUUCACUAGGUUGCGGGGGAUGGCCACGCCAGUCGCCACCGUCGCGCGCGUACCAUGCGCUGCGCGGCAUUUUGUGAAUGUCUCGUUCUUACCCCACUACGACGACCUGGCGAACGGAAACAUCGACUUCGACCUCUUCGUACAGGAUCCCCCGGUCGACCUCACCAUCAACUUCCAGAACGGUGGUUGUAGGCGCCACCGCUGUCGCAACGGCUGCAUGGAAGAAGAUCAGGGCGACGAGGAUAACAUGGUUCAGGGGCAGAACCCCCCGCUUGGUGUUCUCACCUCGCUUGUGCACCUCCUCCGCACCCAUCCCAGCACCCGAGUCACCAUGAUCGGUGUCGAGGCUCUUCCCCCACGCGCCAUUCCGGCUCUCGUCUCAAAGCAGAAGACGAUCCCCAAGGAGUCCUUUGGAGCUCUCAUCGACCUGCUCAAGAACGCCGUUAACGAGGGCGGCGCACCCCUGACGGGGUCGCUGCGCAUGCUAACGAGCGAGCAGUACUGCGAGCGCGUCGGUGAGAAGACUUUUGAGCUCGAGACCGUCACUCCCACAAACGCUUAA